CUCAGUGUGUCUGCCAAGACCCUUUGUCACGAGGAGCAAUGCUGCCCCGAUGGGAACUGUCUUUUUACCUAUUUGCUUCACUAGGCUUCCACUUAUAUUCUUUCUAUGAAGUUUACAAAGUCUCAAGAGAACAUGAAGAGGAACUGGACCGACAGUUUGACCUGGAGGCCGGCACUUUAUUUGGAGGAUUUAAGAAGGACCCAAAUGACUUUGAGUGGAGCUUCUGGAUGGAAUGGGGAAAACAGCAGCUGGUGCGGUUUCUGCUGGGCCACAUGGCUGUGUCUCAGGUGGCCGGUGUGCUUGCAAGGAAGCACAGACCCUGGAUCCUGGGGGCUUACGGAAUGUGGGCCUCCUGGUGUGUUCUGGGGGCCCAAGGCACGGCCAUAAUUUUUCUCCACACCCUCAUCUCCUUCUGCGUGGCCCAGUUCCAGUCGCAGCUCCUGUCAUGGCUCUGUUCUCUCUUCCUGCUCACCACACUGAGGCUGCAAGAUGUGGAGGAAGUGAAGAGAGGGUGGUACCAGACGGAGAACGAGUACUACUUGCUGCAGUUCACGCUGACCGUGCGUUGCCUGUACUACACCAGCUUCAGCCUCGAGUUCUGCUGGCAGGAGACUGAGAACAGCUUCUACUCCUUUCCCUGGCUGGUGGCCUACGUCUUCUAUUACCCCGUCUUCCACAACGGGCCCAUCCUCAGCUUCCCAGAGUUCAUCACCCAGAUGCAGCAGCAAGAGUACUGCUCACUGAAGUCCAGCCUUUCGGCCUUUGCCCUGGGGCUGGGUCGCCUCCUCUGCUAUUGGUGGCUGGCAGAGCUGAUGGUUCACCUCAUGUACAUGCACGCCAUCUACAGCAGCGCCCCUCUCCUGAGGGCUGUCUCUUGUUGGACCUUAGGAGGACUGGCAUUGGCUCAAGUGAUCUUCUUCUAUCUGAAGUACUUGGUUCUCUUUGGUGUCCCAGCUCUGCUCAUGCGCCUGGAUGGACUCACACCACCACCCCUCCCUCGCUGUGUGAGCACCAUGUUCAGUUUCACGGGGAUGUGGAGGUAUUUUGACGUUGGACUGCAUGAUUUCUUAAUCAGGUAUGUGUACAUUCCAGUAGGCGGGUCCCAGCAUGGCCUGCUGAGGACACUGUUUGCCACUGCAGUGACGUUUGCAUUUGUGAGCUUCUGGCAUGGUGGCCAUGACUACCUCUGGUACUGGGCAGCGCUCAACUGGCUGGGAGUCGUCGCGGAGAACACAGUCCAGAGGCUUGUGCAGACCCCGUGCAUCCAGGACAGCUUGAUUCACUUCCUCUCCCCACAAGCCCGCCGUCGAUUCCACGCCGCCUUUGCGUCUUGUUCCACCUCCAUGCUGAUCCUGUCCAACCUGGUGUUUCUUGGGGGCAGUCAAGUUGGGAAAAUCUACUGGAACAGGAUCUUCAUACAAGGCUGGCCGUACGUGACACUCUCUGUCCUGGGAUUCCUAUACUGCUACUCCCAUGUGGGCAUUGCCUGGUCCCAGACAUACUUGGUGGACUAAAGCUGCCUGGCCCAUGCCAGCCCUUACUGCUGGCCUCCGAGCAAAUGGUGCUUCACCCUGACCUCGCACACCAGAUAACCUCCGAGGGACCAGUGCUUGAUCUGUUCAUCUUUUGUUGAAGUUACCUCACUCCAAGACUGGAAGCUGGAGCUCUCAUAGAAAAUUGACAACCAGAGAGGCUUCUAACUUUGGGGAGCUCAUCUCCCCCAUCAUUUUCCUGCUGAGUAAGCAGGGGUCCAGAGCAGGAGAAUCUUGCUCAGCUGCACAUGGUGACGUUGUGGUCUAGAACCCAGGCCCAGUGGCCCUUUGGGUUCUUUCUACUUUACCAAGAAUUACAUGCAAUAGACAUUUCUCGAUUAGAGCACAGAAAUCCUGAUAGUGAUAAGGGCUGUUCUCCACUGAGCAUCCUUCUGAAACAUUUUGGUAACAUGUAAAUGACCUCUUCCCUAUGUCCGCAGUAUGGUCGCUAGAACCAGCACUGGGGUCUGAGUUUCACACUUCAGUUCCCCAGCAUGGCGGGGACAAUGUCAUGUUUCUAGUUACCCAGUCAAAGAACAUACAACACGUCCUGUGGUUUCCAAGGGGUCAGUACAGAAGACCAGUUAUUUAAACACUACCCAGGUGACUGACAUUUGGAUGCUUUGUGCCCUAGAUUUACUGAGAAGUAUAAAUAUGGCAGUUCCUCUAGCAGACAGUUAAUCUUCAUUUCCCAAUAUAGAAGCAGAAUUAAGAAACCAGGAGAUAGUGUGUCCACAGACAGGUGCUAUCUGGUAAGUGACAAAGGGUAAGCAUGGUAUCCUGUGGUCUUUUCUCCUCUCCGUGCAAGUAAGCUCCAGCAGUCAUCUUCCUACUAGUGGUUUACACUCAGUAGUUCACGUUGUUUUGUUUUGUUUCAAAUAAAAUGGAGCCUUUCCUAUCACAUUGAUAAUUUACAUAGUUGUAGAAUCAUUUUGAAUUAUUUUUUGAGGAAAAUGCUUAAAAUCGAAACACGUAAGUCUCAAUUAUUCAUUCUUUUGGAAAGUGAUGACAGGCCACUGACCCAAGUGGUAGAUAAUUCUGAAUAUGUCUGUUUGACUUUGGAGGUUUUGGUUCUUGGUUUUCUUUUGAGAGGGCAGGUGCUAAGUGGUAAAGAAGCUUUGAGGUUUCAAUACAUAGUGUACCUCGUCAUGGGCAAACUUAGUAUAUAUCUCAAACACCUGAAUUAAAUUGUCAUUGAAUGAAAGGUUCCCUUGGACCUGGUCUGGCCACAUAUCUCGUAUUUGUUGUCUACUGUGGUCCUUGUGUCCUGGCCGUGGUUUGAACUCCACGAGAUACUCCUAGACUGCAGGACCAGCCAUCUUGCUGACAUCCGUUCUUCCUAGCCCUUCUGCCUGGAAGAGCAGUUGUAGGGUGGAUGGUGUGGAGUGGGCACACCCGGUGUUGGCUCCUUCAAGGAACAGACCCAGAGGGGCAGGCGGGCCUGUAGCAGUGGCCUCAGCAACCGACUUGGUAAGUGAGAAGGAGGCCCAGGCAGGUGGUUCCAAGGUGCUGGGAAGAGUGAGCACUCAAAUGAUUACAGUACAUCAGGGACCAAUACUAGUUCAGGAACUGUGGUCAGCUGCAGGGAGUUUGGCUGAAGUUCACAUGGAAGGAAAGGGCUGGCUAAGGAAACACAGGAAUGUGAAGAUGAUUGUAGGCAAGUGUCUUAAUGUACGUACGUGUAUAAACAAUACAAAGAAUUUUGAACGCUUCAGAGACACCAUUGAUGUAAAAACAAACAGGCUUUUUCAUUCACUCAACUGUAUUAGAAGAAUCAGUGAAUAUAUUUGAAAGUAAUAAGCCUGAAUUUCUUUUAAACUAUCACAUGAUUUAGAGUGGUUCUCAAGAAUUAGUACAUUAUUUGAGGCCCAGUUAACCAACAUGUGGAUUUUCUAGGACCAUUGUUUUCUUAUUUUAACAAACUCUUGCUGUUCUCCAACUAUAAUAUGAAAACAAUAAUAAGUCUCUAUUCAUUCAUGUGAAGUAAAAUCUUGGAGUUACUUUAAAUGAGACUCUUGAAGUAUCUCUGAGAAGACAGAGCAGUUCCAGCUGAGGAGCGUGUGACAUGUCACUUUCCACAGUCAUCAGCCCUGGGCAACUUCAGGCAUGGGGCUGGAAAGCAACUAGACGAUGUCCCAAGGUAAAUUCUAGCCCCAGGAUCCUCUGACCUCAACCUAGCCCUGGGCAAGCCAGAACGCUCCAAGCAGGAUUGCCAAGAUGAUCCCCAAGGAGGCAAGCAAGACAUCUGAAGGACAGCCAACUUGUGGCCAUUUUGACUAAUUUGGGACUGUACAGGAAGACUUAAAGGUAUUUUAUUAUUCCUUCAGAUUAAUUUGUUUGAAGUGACAGGAGAAAACCUUUUGUUCUAUUAAAGACUGCAGGCAUAGAAAGAAAAUACAUCAUCUAUACAAUUAUACAAUGAUGUCUGUAUUGGGAGGAUAGUAAUUUAGCGGGACCGGUGUUCCCCUUAAAAAAACUGAGACUGCUCACUUGCUUAUUUAAAAUAAUAACAUAAUUGUAGACCAGUAUAAGAAAUUAAUCGUAAUGAGUUUGCUUUCU